ACUGUCUGCAUUAUAGUAAACACUUAACUCAUUCAGCGGGCUCACCUUGACUAGAUAUAUAUGAAACACGAAGAUUAGUAAGCAAUGUUCGUUGUUUGACAAUCACUCCGCAAUCAAGACUGGAGUUGUAUUGACACCAAAACACAACACUGCGGUCGAUUGCGGCAGAGAACCACGAAAACUUCAUAUCUGAUAGUUCAAACGUGUGCGAAAACUGAAUUAUGUCAAUUUUCGAUAUAAUUUAUUCCAUCAAAAAAGUUUGAAGUGAAACUGACGGCAAUUUCCGUGUUUUUGUGUAGUUUUUUAUCGAAAUGACGAGUGCUAAAAUGGAAGUGACCCGUGGAAAAGUCAGAGAUAAGAAGACCAAAUAUCCCUAUUCUGUGUUCUUCAUAGUGAGCAAUGAGUUCUGUGAAAGGUUCUGCUUUUAUGGAAUGCGGAGUAUCCUGACGCUAUACAUGGUUAAUAUAUUAUUAUACUCCAAAGCAGAUGCCACAGUUAUUUAUCACACGUUUAUUAUGAUGGUAUAUUUCUUCCCUCUUAUUGGGGCCAUAAUAUCAGACAGUUUCUUGGGAAAAUUCCGAACAAUUUUUUACGUUUCUAUCAUCUAUGCAGCUGGUAGUAUCAUACUAUCAAUCUCUUCUAUACCUUCUCUAAAUUUACCCAUGAGAGAAUCCUCAAUUCUUGGCCUUGCCCUCAUAGCAAUUGGCACUGGAGGAAUCAAACCAUGCGUAUCAGCUUUUGGGGGUGACCAGUUUGUUCUUCCAGAACAGGCUACGCUUCUGGCCAUGUUUUUCUCCCUAUUUUAUUUCUCAAUAAAUGCUGGCAGUCUGUUAUCCACCUUUUUGACACCUGUACUAAGAGAAGACGUCCACUGUUUUGGAAAUACAUCGUGUUAUCCCUUGGCCUUUGGGGUUCCAGGACUGCUUAUGAUAAUUGCGAUAGUAAUUUUUGGACUUGGGAAGCCACUGUACAAAAUCAAGCAGCCUGAAGGAAAUGUUGUACUCAAAGUGAUGAAAUGUAUAGGGAAUGCGAUCAAAACGAAAGCUUCAUCUACUGAAAAGAAGGAACACUGGCUCGACCAUUCUUCCAUAAAGUAUGGUCAGCACUUCGUCGACGACAUAAAAGCCACACUAAAAGUGCUCAUCCUCUACCUCCCACUCCCAAUUUUCUGGGCACUCUACGAUCAGCAAGGCACCGCAUGGACCUUCCAAGCGGUACGAAUGGACGGAAACAUCGGAUUCUAUACAAUCCUUCCCGACCAAUUCCAGCUUAUCAAUCCUCUGCUCAUCAUGGCCUUCAUUCCCAUAUUCCAAUAUAUCGUGUAUCCGGUAUUUCAAAAAUUGGGAAUGCUGAGGACCCCCCUGGAAAAGAUGACUUGGGGCGGGUUCUUAGCAGCCCUAGCCUUCGCCGUAUCGGCGUUUGUUUCCAUCCAAAUCGAAUCUACCGAUCCAGUAUUACCCGGUGAGGGAUUUGCUCAAGUUAGAUUUUACAACCCGUUACCCUGUGAUAUAGUUAUAACGAAGACGGAACCUUGUAGUCUUAAGGAAGACCUGAACGGUCUGGUGAAGCGAAUGGACUACGUUGAAAUACUCGAUCUGAAGAUGAGGCACGCGCUCGAGAGAAACGUGACCAUAAACUUCGAAGCCGAAUGUACGAAGGAAAAAUCACAAACCAUGACUUUUUUAGUUCAGUCUAAAACUACCAUGUUGGCUUAUUUCACGUAUGAUGGACUUGUUGCCAGAUACGAUGACAUCACUAAGGAUGAUGACACAGGAUCCCCAUAUCUAAGGACUUUGAUGAGCAAAGCGUCCACCGAGAAGCUAUACUAUGUGUCUUUUUUAAAUGGUGAAUCUGAGCUACAAACAGUCAAUAACACCUUUACUGAUCGUCUCAAAAUAUCAGCUGGAAGUUAUCGAGUUUUCAGAACAGAUCAAAUAAAGUCGAAUAGCUCGAUGAACAACACCGAUCACUUGAUGCAGCUAACCAAGACUGCCAAUGAUAUUGAGAUUGAUCUUCGUUUAGGAGGUGUUUACACCCUGAUGAUAGAAGUUGGAGAAAACGAUGAAAUUAUGAGUGGAAAAUUAGUAACAGUUACAGAGUCUAAUUCUAUCUCCAUGCUCUGGCUUCUUCUACAAUACAUUAUAAUAACAGCAGCGGAAAUCCUGUUCUCCAUUACUGGUUUGGAAUUUUCCUACUCCCAAGCGCCAGUUUCAAUGAAGUCAGUGUUGACAGCUUCAUUCUUAUUGACGGAUUCUAUUGGAAAUCUACUGGUGGUAGUUAUUGAAGCAGCUAAAUUUUCUGAUCGAGCCUCUUACAACUUCUUCUUCUAUACUGGGUUGAUGAUUGUGGACAUGUUGGUGUUUUGGUUCCUAGCUCGCAACUAUAAGUACGUCGAUUUCGAAGAAAGUGAAGAGCAAAUGAAACUCGAUAAUGAUAAUAACUUCGUCCAAUCGAAACAGGACAUGUGUUUGGAAAAUCCAGUAUUCAUAAAAAAUCAAGAUGAUUGACUUUGAUUGAUCUCAAUGGAAUAUUUGUAAUAUUAUUGUACAUAGAUAUAUUUAAUUUUAUACAUACUUAUUUAUCUUUAUACUGUUACUAAUUUUAAUUUUGUCAAUAAACUUUUGAAAAUA